GCUUGUGGUUUUUGGCGAGGGCCAUUCCAGCGGGUCUAUUUGGGUUUCGAUUUUAGGGUAACGGGAACGAGACAAACCGGUAAUUGAUUCAUAAAAAAAAACACGAAUUGUGAAAAAAAAAAAUAGAGUGAGCUGAAGUAAGUAUUACAACAAAACCUGAUCUAAAUAUUGCUAUUUGAAAACAUCCAAACGCUUUGGGCAUUUUGCUGUCUAUAUCGCUUUCUUCACAUCAUAUUUUGCAUAAUUAAACAUUACUAACAAACAUUUCCAUUGACAAAGACUCACGAUUCAAAUUUCCUCUCGAAUGUUGAAAUUAAAAGAAUUAUAAUGAAAAUCUAGGUUAUGGCAGAUAACGAAGACUUGGGUUUAGGUGAGGAUCAUUUAGAUUCAUUUGAUGACACUAACGGCAUGCACGACGAAGCCCUAUUGAACGAUACUGACGGCGAUGGAGUUGCUGCAGAUGAUCCAGAAUUGGAAGCCAUCAAAGCCAGAGUUCGAGAAAUGGAAGAGGAGGCAGAAAAGUUGAAACAGCUUCAGAGUGAAGUUGAUAAACAAAUGAACAUGGGUAGCCCUCCUGGCCUGACUAGUCCACUGAACAUGUCCAUAGAGGAAAAAAUGGAAGUGGACAAUCGUAGCAUAUAUGUGGGUAAUGUAGAUUAUGGGGCAACUGCAGAGGAGCUGGAGCAGCAUUUUCAUGGUUGUGGCUCAAUCAAUCGAGUUACUAUUCUGUGCAACAAGUAUGAUGGCCAUCCCAAAGGUUUUGCUUACAUUGAGUUUGGUGAAAAAGAUUCUGUACAAACAGCCAUGGCAAUGGAUGAUUCUCUCUUUCGUGGAAGACAAAUUAAGGUUAUGCCUAAAAGAACCAAUAGGCCAGGAUUGUCAUCUACCAAUAGGCCUCCUAGGGGCAGAGGGGGUACUUUCAGGGGUUCCAGAGGAAUGGGCAGAGGUGGAUUUUAUGGUGGCUACAGGCCCAUGCGUAGACCAAGGUAUAUCUUUUGCCAUUUAGUAAACUAGAAACAACAGAUAGUGGAACUAAUCCAGAAAAAAAUUGAGAAUGAUAGAUAACUGAAAUGUGCCAAGGUUUCCUGAUGCCCCAAUUCAGCUAAUCAUAUUCUAUAUUGAAGACUGGUACCUUUGGCACUAUAAUACACUAUGCACUGUUUUACUACUAACCAAAACAAUUUUUUAUGCCUCCACAUGUGUUUUGCUAACAUAGUUAGCAUCUUCAGGAGAAGAAUAAAAAAAUGGUUUGGUUAGUGGUAAAACAGAUCAUAGUGUAUUCAUAUUAUUUUCAUCCAGCUUAUUUGAAUUCAUAGGGUUUCUUCUUCAUCAAAUUAGAACAGCUUAAAAUACUUUGAAGAGCUACAAUGGUAGAUUCAAUAUUUUUAGGUGAUUUCUGCAUGCUCAUUCAUCUUUUUUGAUGCUUGUUUUUUUUUUCAGUAGUUGAUGUUGUUUCUAAUUUAAUAACUGCUAACCCGUUUUUUAAUGAACUGAUGUCUACAUUUUUAGGGGUUAUAGACGAGGAUAUUUUGCUCCAUAUUAAAAGUAAGGAUACAGUUACAUAAUUCCAUUUUUUCACCCACAUAAUUUCUCAACUUGGUUCAAAAGCAGAGAAAAAAGAACAAUUGAAAAAAAUACAUCAUGGAAAAGAAAAAAGAAUGGACACAAAAAAUUAUUAAUCAUAAGUUCAAAUCAUUGUGGAAACUAAAUACAUGCAAAAAAAAAUGUGAAUUUUAUGAAAUUGCAUGAUCUGAAGAAUGAUAAUUACUGGACUAAAUUGUUGUGCUUUGGAAAAAAAAAUUGGUGUGAUUGGGUGUAUGGAGAUUACAUUUUAGGUGUUAUUUGGUGUAUUUUACUUGUUCAAUUUUCUAAAUAUUGAUGCAAGUUUCCAGGUAUCUUCACCUAUUUUCGAGGAUUUUUUUAAUUUGGUAAUGCAAAAAAAUUAAUGUGCUAGAAAAGUAAAAUAAAUAAACAUUGAUUGAAGUGU